GCUUCUUCUCUACCUUCCGUCAAUUUCUUCUCUACAACAACAAAAAUCACGAGAAAGAUGAACCUUAAUUUUGUCGUGCGAUGAGGACUUGUCUCCAAACAACUCAAUCACCCCAAACACUUGGUACCCCAACUCGUUUCAAUUACCUUAUGUCGACUUCGAGGUUCAAUAAUCGCAUAAAGACGAAAAAGAAACAAAAAACUGUAGCUGAUGAUGAUUAUAAUUUAAUCUCUACUGGUCAAAUUAAGGAGAUUGAUGUUCCCGGGUUAGGGAGGUUUCCUGCCGUGGAAGAUGAUAAACCACAUGCUUCUACGGAAAUCACGGUUGCAGACAACAAUAACUCUCAGUAUACACAUCGUGGUAACCUGCAUUCGAUCAUUACUCACUAUAAGGUUAUUUCUAGACUUAGUCCUAAAGUAAAAUAUAUUAUUGAAAGAGCGGGAUGGGAUAGACCAUUGAACAUGGAAUUGGGCGAAACCCCGCAUUCCAUGGUCGAAUAUAUUGUUGAGAGGUUUUGGGAUACGACGAAUACUUUUCACUUCCCUUUUGGUGAGAUGGCGUUCACACCUCUUGAUUGGGUCAUGUUGACAGGAGUGAAUAUUGGUGAUGGGCUUGAUGUUCCGUAUGAUUCUGAAAAGUACCAAUUUGAAUAUGUCAGUGAUAAUAUUUUUCCAGAUAUCCAAGAUGCCUCGCUUUGUCCAAAAGGCGCGUCGUGGAAAUCUAAUUCAAUUACAGUUAAAUUUUUGAGUUCAUAUUUCGUACCAGAAAAAUUGCGUGCGGCUGAAAAUGAUAAAGCCAUUGCUGAAAGAGUAGCAACUUCCUUUUUUAUGUAUGUUUUGGGACAAUUUUUCUUUUCUAAUGCAAAGAACUAUAUUGAUGCGGGAUGGUUAGCUGCUUUUGACGAUCUUGAUGCAGUUCAUACAUAUGAUUGGGGUGGUGCCGCUUUUUCGAGAUUGUAUGCGGCACUCCGUAUAGCUGGUCGGAAGCGGAAGACACUAAGCGGGCCCUUCCAAGUAUUAGAGUUUUGGGGCUACGAAUAUUUGGGCAUAUGUCCACCCGAGAUAGUCCAGCCUAAGGAUGAUCAACCGAUAUCGCCUAGAAGUAGUAGGUGGAAACCAAAGAAGAAGAUGGUUGAUAUUGUUCGUUGUAGAACUUUACUUAAUAAGUUGACCGCGGACCAAGUUACAUAGCAACCCUGGGAAUCAUGCAGACAAAUCCUUGAAUCUGAUAUUGGAAUAAAAACUUCCGCACUCUCAAACACAAGGGUUAUUUUUUCUUGGAAUGGCGUUCAUAACAUGUACCUUGGAGAAAGGUGUUGGAGGCAAAACCAUCCCACCUAUGCUGUUCCCAUAAACCUACAUACAAUUGUUGGGGAUAUUGAUGAUAAACAAGGAAAACGCCUAAUCGAGGAAGGUUGGGUCGAUGCAAAAGAUAUUGUGCAAGUUGUUUCGUAUGAUAUGUAUAUGCAAUAUUGGCGAAAGGAUGAAUGUUAUUCAUUUUUCAAGAGCAUGCUGAUUUUGGUCAUCAAUUACGUGCUUUUACGUUAAAUCAAAUAAAGGAGCAAUUGGAUAUUAGGAUGGCGAAAGAUGCGGAAAUAGAAAGACUCAGACAUCAGAACCACAUGUUGGAGGUACAACUCUCUCAUUUGCAUAUGGCACAACAAUCCCAACCUCCCCUUGGAUUCGGUCACUUUUCCCAAACAAUACCACAAUCAGUUUGGAAUACUAUGGGACAAGGAUCAGUUUCAAUAAUGUCGUCAGUUAAUCCCACUUCCAGAGUUAAUAUGCCUUUUAUCCCACCGUGAUCGGCGUCUUUGGAGGACGAUACGGAUGAUAUGAAUGGUUAAUUUGUUCCCAAUAUUUGGAUGUUUUUUGAUCGUGGUGUUAUGUCUUUAUCUUUAGUGUAUAGUCAUUUCAAGUUAGACUGAUAGUUGAUGUCUUGGUUUAUCUUUCAGCUAGUGUCAUUUCCAUUUUGAGGGUGUAGACGAAUCUUUCAGUAUGUCUACUAUUUUCAGUAAGACGAAUCUUUCAGUAUGUCUACUCUUUUCAGUUCUUCUUCUUCUAAUAAUAGUUUAUAUUCCUCGGAUGAUGAUCCAGUAGCAAUUCAUCAAACUAACAUGGAUGUUAGUUUGGGACUCCUUAUUACAAAUUCAAACUGGCCUCAAACUCGUAUCAAAAUAUGGAGAGAUCGUGAUGCUGGAGCUGAACUUGUAUGGAGAGACUACUUUUGCCCAAAUCCGUGCUUUCCACCUAAUGUGUUUCGUAGAAGAUUCAGAAUGCGUCGACAAUUGUUUAACCGAAUAGUUACAUGAGUUGUGGGUGUGAAUCUUUAUUUUGUUCAAAAGCGUGAUGCUUGUGGAGUUAUGGGAUUGAACCCUCAUCAAAAAGUAACAGUAGCAAUCCGAAUGUUAGCUUACGGAUGUGUGGCAGAUGCAAUAGACGAGUACUUAUGUAUUGGAGAAACUAAUGUUUUGGAAGCUACUCGUAGGUUUUGUUAAACUAUUGUCCACUUGUGUGGGAAAGAAUAUUUGCGUGAACCAACUGCGGGUGAUGUUGAACUGCUGCUUAAGCAAAACAGAGGCAGGGGAUUUCCAGGGAUGCUGGGUAGUCUAGAUUGCAUGCAUUGGAAAUGAGAUAAAUGUCCGUCGGAAGAAUCAGGGGCUUACACCGCGUAUAAAGGGAGCGAAAGUAUUGUGUUGGAGGCAGUGGUGUCGUAUGAUCUCUGGUUUUGGCAUGCAUUUUUUGGUAUGCCCGGCUCAAACAAUGAUAUUAAUGUGAAGAACCGUUCAUAUGUUUUUCGAAGUCUUGUCACAGGAAAAGCACCACCUGUGAACUUUGAGGUAAACGGACAUUCAUAUGAUAUGUCGUAUUAUCUCGGUGACAGCAUGUACCCAGAGAUUGCUACUAUUAUUAUGACCAUUAAACAUCCAGAGGGGAACAAAAAAAUAAAAAUUUCAGGGAUGCAAGAGGGUGCAUGGAAAGAUGUAGAGCGAAGAUUGGUGUUCUGCAACAACAAUUUGGAAUCAUCAAACAACCUGCAAGAAUGUGGGAUCCAGAUGUGCUUGCCUAUAUCAUGAAAACCUGUAUUAUUUUACAUAAUAUGAUAGUCGAGGAUGAGCGUCUACCCAAUGACUGGCCACAUGUAUAUGAACAGCGCAGUAACCCAGCACCGGUUGAUAUAUCAAGAGAAAAUAGUGAAGCACUUUCCCAAAUUAGAGUUGAGCAACGUGGUCGUGCAAUGCGUAACAAACAAACGCAUAUUAACUUGCGUGAUGACUUGGUCAAACACAUAUGGUAUAUGGGGAUAGUUAAAAAGUUGGGCACACGGAUAGGUAUAACUAUAUGAUUUGUUUUUGUACUCAUUUAUGCUUGUCGUUUUCUUUUUAUUUUUACUUUAAAUGUAUUAUGUCUUAUUUAUGUAC